CAUUGGAUUUUGGUCCGUCGAAAAGCAUCUUGUUUCUAUGGGAACGUGUCCCGGUGUGGGGGCUGUCAGUGUAUCCAACAAUGGCUAACAAUUUAGUAAUCGGAGCUUUGCGGGCUAAGGCAAAAUCGUUUAACUUGAGCUCAAAGAAAAUGCACAACGUUCCCAAAUCCGUUGCCAGAUUAACAAAUGUUUUGAACCUUCAGCUGAGCAAUAACUGCCUCUCAACGCUGCCCAUGGAAUUGCAGUCCUUAAAACACUUGACAGAACUCAAUUUGGGAAACAAUGCCCUGAAGGAGAUUCCGUCUGUACUGAGGUACCUGAACUCCUUGAGAAAACUUUAUUUAUUUGGCAACCACAUUACCCACUUACCACCGGACGUCUUGGAAAAACUUUCAAAACUGGUUCUCCUCAAUCUGAACCACAAUCAGAUUGCUGUCCUGCCGCCGGAGAUCAAAAGUCUUUGUAACCUAGAGACACUCAGUCUCCUGGACAACCAGUUGGUGGAGAUUCCUGUGGAGAUAGGCUUUCUCUCAAAGAUGAUCGAGAUGAAUCUGACCAACAACAGCCUGGUGCGACUGCCAAAACAGAUGUCCAGGCUGACCCAGCUGGCCAGAUUAUACCUGGCCAGGAACAAGCUCACAGAGCUUCCAGAGGGUGUUGUGGCGCUCACUGAACUCAGGGUUUUGGAUGUAGCUGGAAACCGUUUAUCCAUAUUUCCUGUUGAUUUCCAGUAUCUAAAGUUGACCGAGCUCCUCUGUGAAGGAAACCCAUUUGUGAAGUGCAAGCUGAUGGAAUCUGUUCAAGUUCUUGAGGUGCUGUCAUUAAAGGAGCUGGCGGCCCGUCUCAUCUUGGUGGAGGGCAGGAGUAGGUUCUCAAAGGUCCACAAAGCCCUGGUCCACUACCCUGAGCUGGCCCUGAUGCUGUCCGAGUGGGGUCGCUGUGCCCUGUGCCUCCAACCCUUCCUCACCACCUGGCUGGAGUGUGUGGUCUUCAUCAACCUCCGGAAGGAAAUGAAGGUGAGAAGUUCUCACACGACGAUCCCGGUUCGCGUUCUCCUCUGCUCCUACCGGUGUUUCAACCAGACUGGACAUCCGUACUAUGCCAUUGGAUCUUUCUGAAGAGGCGUGUCCAUUAAACGCUCUGUUUUGGGAAUGUCCUUGUCCUUUUACCGGCCUUGUCCUUUUAAUGUGUGUUAUGUGAACAUCCACCAGGGGUCAGCAGAGGACCGUUCCACGAGGCCAGACAAUUAUUCACUUCUUAGACAGUUUCUCAACCUGAAAAUAGUCUGUGGACCGAGAUGAAACUCUAAUCACUGUUCGGUUCUCUUUAAACAGACGUUUUAUUCUUCAUUUUGCUUUCACCAUCGGCAGCUGAACACCAGUGAGAGUAAAGGGGCAUGUCUCCCAUGGGCUUGCUUACUUGGUGGUAGAGCUUGGUGCUUGUGGGGUGUGAUUCCCUCAGUGGACCAGCACGAUAGUGUCUGCAUGCAGUACUGUAAGUCGCUCUGGGUUUCAUUACUAAAAUCUAAAUAAAAAGAAAAGAUAAUGA